AUGAAUAUAGAAGAGGAUGAGCUUUUCUCUCCCUCUUCAUGUGUUUCUGAUGCAACAAUAUAUUAUCAGUUCUUCGAACACAUUCCCUACUUCUCUGAUUUACCAAAAGAUGUUAGAACUCUUCUCAAUAUACCACGAAAUCCUGCUGUUAUAUCUAAUGUAGAACCAGGAAAGUAUAUCCACUUUAAUCUUGAAGCAAAGUUAGUAGAAAAUCUCUUCAAUGUUCUAUUUGUAUCUACUGUCAAGGAAUUAGUAUUGGAUUUUAAUACGGAUGGAUGUAUCUAUAAAGGUUCAGAAAAACCACACGAUCCUAAUACUUCUUUUGAAAAAUUUAUUGCAAAUAUCAUUAGAAUCAUGUCUAGUGGAGGCAUUACUUUUAAUGGCAACAAAAUCCCGAUACGUUUGAGAAGUUUUAUCGCCGAUGCACCAGCUAGAGCUUUUAUUUUAAAUCAUCACAGUCAUGUGUCUAGGCAGCCUUGUUCUAAGUGCAAAGUUUCUGGUGUAUAUACAAAUGGUCGUAUUGUCUUUAGUGGAAUUAAUCACGCUCUUCGAACUGAUGAAGACCCAG